GGGUGGAGCAUUGAAGGCUGCACGGACCCGGAGCCCUUGGGCGGGGUUGCGGACAGAGUGGGGUGGCGUGGCGCAGCGCAUUGAGCUGGCUCUGCAGCAGGUGAGCGGUGAGCCAGGCCAAUGGCGGUGACUGCGGCCCUCUCUGCUGCUGCUGCGGCGGCGGCCCUGUCUGGCCUGGCAGUGCGACUGUCGCGUUGGGCGGCGACACGCAGCUCCUACGGUGCGUUCUGCAAGGGGCUCACGCGCACGCUACUCACCUUCUUCGACCUAGCCUGGCGCCUGCGCGUGAACUUCCCCUACUUCUACAUGGUGGCCUCAGUGAUGCUCAACGUCCGCCUGCAGGUGCGGAUCGAGUGAGCAAACGCCCUCCGCCACGGAGGAGAGGGCCAUCCGCGCCUUCCGCGCCAUCCUGGCGGCCGCAGGAAGGACAGCGGGGCGCACAGUGCCUCCAGACUGCGGCGGGGGGCGCAGGCGGCACGGCCCGGGCCCCUCCAUUUUAGGUCUCUGCGAAGGGCCUGAGGAACCACAUCCCAUACCGCAAAAACCUUCACAGCCCAGUCCUUUUCCUCUGCAUCCAGAGAAUCACCAGAGUCUGGCAAACCUGUUGCCUCCCCAUUGGCCAAAAGCGGGAGAGCCCAAAAGAGAGCAUGCUACUACCACAGGACUUGAUUUACCAGGCUCUGUGCCUAAAGGCAUUGGUCUUCUGGGUGAUGGCUCAGCCCUUCACUGAACAUUUCAACUCGAAUCCUAGAGGUGCCAUUGAUUCUGUAGCAGCACGGCUAGCAGCUGAGUGAAGAGCCUGCCUAGAAGGAGAAGAAGAAGAAGAAGAAGAAGGAGAAGAAGGGCCUUUCUGGUGAGCCCAGAGGGGUGAGGUGGCUCAGGUCACCUGGUCCCUCCACAGAAAAGGGUGGACACUUGGACACUGAUAUCUCCUGGCAACACUGUGAGGGAGAUGUGUUCUCCCACCUCAUGAACUCCAUGGGGCUCAAGGAAGUGCCUGGGGUUUGCCCUUGUUACACAGAGAAGAGAGCUCAGCCUGCCCUGGACCGGCAUUCCUCCACCCUUUCUGCAGUUUCUUCAUGACCUGGCAGGACAUUGGGGUUGGGAGGGAGUGGAGAGCUAGCAAGGGACCUAGGGAGAAAGAGGGGGCGUGAGAUAGACGAGCUAGGCAUCUGCAUUUCCUUGGGGUGGUCUGGAAGACAGGUGAACAGUUGAUUUCAUAAACAGAGGGGAAGACUCAAGAAUUUUCUAAAAUGUGUAGUCCCCUACCAGAACCAACCCCCCCCCCCAACUUGACUGGUGCUUGACCGAGGGCUCCUGAGCACUUGUGUGCUAGGAGACUGCAGUGAGGAUGGCAUUGUGGUUUAUAGGGUCAUGAUGUCACUGGAAGGUUGAGGAGAUGUGGGCUGAGACCCAUGCUAAGGCCCUGUUUCUCUGUUCCCAGGCUUGCAGGCCUGUCCCUGGCAUCACAUGGGAAACCUCAUCCAGAUAAGCUGGGGACAGCCUGUCCAGGAGGCCCUCUGUAGGCUAGAAGUUGUGAUCUCUAAAUGACCAAGGACAGCUCAAGGGAUACUUUUACUUCUUAUCCCACAGUCCCCCAGCUCCUCUGGCACUGGUAUCUCAAGGUCUAUGCACUCCAUCCCUGAUAUGGAAACCUUCAGCAUGCCAGCCAGCCCCAGGGACAGAGUGGCCCAACUGCCCACUCCGAGUCAGGGACCCAGAUGAAGAUCUCAGUUUGUCUCCCCCAAAGGGCACAAGCUGAAAGGUGGCUGCCACAUGGCCUCUGCUACUCACCAUAGGGCAGGACUGAUGGCUUCCUUCUCCCAAGUUUCACUAGUAGUCCACGUAUGUAUAGUGGAAUGUGUGUGCGCAUGGGCUUGUAUGUAAAUGUGUGUGAUGGGGGUGGAUCCAUUGGGUAGGGAGAGAAGCUCCUGAGAAUCCCCUGUGUUCCAAGUACAGGAAGGAUCACAUGGCCUACUGGGAGAAAUGAGUGUGAGGUCCGAGGCCCCUUCCUCUUAGACCUCACACUACAGGGAAGCCCAUCCCUGGCCAUGCUCAGGCAUGGGCUAUGGUGUGAGAUCAGAGACACUGAUAUUAGGUAGACUUUGGGGCCAGUGGUGUCAGCCAGGACAGGGCAGAGCUAGGACUCACCAGUGAGUUCAUGUCCCAUUCUGGCCCUGAUUAGUCUGUGAGAUUCUGCUUUCCCAUCCCCUCGGCUACUUUUGGUCUUCCGUAGUGCCCUCGCUGUAUGAUAUCAUGGUGCACUUUAUUUGCAGUCUGUACUGCAGGCAGGCAGAGGAGCUUCAACAAAUUCAGACUUAACCUGGAUGACCUGACAUCCUCAUGUUUACAUUUCCAUGUGCGAUGGGACUCUGCAUGGCCAGCGCUGUCCGGUCAGAGAUGUGGUUUUUGAAGUUGUCACAUGUUGUCUCCCAAAGGUAAAAGAAAAUCUGUACACCGAACACAUCCUGGCUGCCUCCUGUUUCUGUUGGGUGCCAUACCUUAUCCUGGGUGGGGAAGUGGGUGGAGCAUAGGACAGCAAGCUCCAAGCCAAGAGGGAAGUCCAGAGCUGAGCAGGGAAACUCCUUCAGAACCUCCUUCCAGAUCACCCUUGACAGGACCACCCUCUGCUCCCUCCACCCCCAUGGGCCAAAUGGGUAACAUUGGAGCUAGGCCCAGAAUGUUCUAAUUGAUCAAGAAGUAUAGAUCUUCUCUUUGCUUCUAGAGACUAAUGUUUAAAAAAAUGAUUAACUGAAGUUGAACUUUGAGGGCAAAAGGAAAUGUAACUGGUCUUCUGCAGAAGCUGCUUUGCAGCCCAGAGACUUCUGAAAAGAUAUGCCUGCUUUCUCUGAGCCUUAGGAUCUGGCAUUUGCCCACUCAAAGUAUACUGCCUUGGGCUGCCCCAGAGAAACCAGGAACUGCUAAGGUUCAGGUGAGAGGGUAGUUGGCAAGCAAUCAAAAAACUCGAUGAGAUUAAGUUGGGGAUGCCAGGAGGUGGUGGCUCAUACCUUUAGUCCCAGCACUUGGGAGGCAGAAGCAGGCAGAUUUCUUUUCAAGGCCAAGCUAGACUACAGAGCAAGUUCCUGGGUAGCCGAGCCUACACAGAGAAACCCUGUCUCAAAACAUUACCCCC